AUGAGAAGAUUAUUCGGAUCAUUUUAUCAUAUUCAUUUUAAAAAUUUCAAAUUCCUUCAAAAUCACAAAUGGGUAUGUCGUAACAUGGCUACGACAACAACAGUAGCACCACCAACAACGAAAAAAAUCGUUGUUAUAAUGGGUGCUACUGGUUCUGGAAAAUCAAAACUCUCAAUCGACCUCGCCACUCGUUUUUUCCCAUCGGAGAUUAUAAAUUCAGACAAAAUUCAAGUUUCCAAAGGGAUUGAUAUAACAACGAACAAAAUUUCAAUCAAUGAACAGGGCGGCGUUGUUCAUCAUUUACUCGGUGAGUUUUCCGGUCCUGAGUUGUUUUCCCCUUCUGAUUUCCGGUAUACAGCUGAUAACAGAAUCACUGAUAUCAUUAAUCGCCGGAAACUUCCAUUAAUCGUCGGUGGGUCGAAUUCCUUCAUCUACGCUCUGUUAUCAAACCAGUUCAAUCCGGGUGUCGAUGUUUUCGAUGAGUUAAACCCGGUUCAGUGUAUAUCAAAGGAGCUUCGUUACCAUUGUUGCUUCAUCUGGGUCGAUGUUUUCACUCCGGUUCUGAAUCGUUACUUGUUUCAACGAGUCGACGAGAUGAUGGACUCCGGGAUGUACGAAGAGCUCGAAGAGUUCUUCGAGAAAAACGGGUUUUCCGACCGGAACACCGGGAUAAGAAAAGCGAUUGGGGUACCGGAGAUGGAGGGGUAUUUUAGGAAUUUGAAAAAUUGUACCACCGUACAGGAAAAAUGCAGGCUAUACGAUGAAGCAGUGAGAGAGAUAAAGGAGAAUACGAAAGAGCUUGCAGAGAAACAGAUGUGGAAAAUUCAACGGUUGAGAGAAAGUGGGUGGGACCUACAAAAAGUAGAUGCCACGGAGGCACUCCGGGCGAAAAUGUCGCCGGAAAACAGCAAGAUUCCGGCGACGGAAAUUUGGGAAAGACAAGUUGUAUUACCAAGCAUGAAGAUUGUGAAACAAUUUUUGUUGGAGUAGGUUUUCCAGCUAAU